AUGAGCACGAAGGAGGGCGACUCGAUAGGUCGGGUUGGGGCUUUGGGGGGCAGAAGCAACUGCAUGCUUCUUCUGAGUGCAUUCCUGGAUUUCAUCGCUGCGUCAAAUUUGAGUUUUGGGCCUUGGGCAAGCGAGGGCUGGCUCUACUCUCUAAUUGGCAGCGCUGAGCGAGUCUGGGACGCAUUAAUAGGACGUGUUCCAACUUGUUACCCGUUCAUGUUCUUUGACUGGCUCGAGACAACGUGA